AUGAAAGCACCAAUUCCACCAGAUGAUGAUCCAGCAAGAGAUCAAUUCAUGAAAAAAUUACUGAAACAUGAUAUCAAUAUUGAUGAAUAUUGUUCUAUUUAUGAAUCAUCUGCAAUUCCACCAAAUAAUAAUUUUUCAAAAUUAACAUUAGAAAUCUUUGCACAUAGUGCAUGUUUUAUAAAUGAAUAUUCAAAAUAUCAAAGCCAACUAAAUAUUGUAAUUCGAAAACACAUUGAAAAUUAUGUUGUUCAAGAAGUUGAACCAGGAAAUUUUCUGAUCCAAAAUGCAGACACAUUUACUCGUCUGUUUCAUCACAUUGAAAAUUUAGUUGUAGAUGUUACAUCAAAUCAAGUAAAUGGUAUACGUCAAUCGCUGAAUACAAUCAAUCAAGCAAAUAGACCAACAAUACAAUGUAGACAUACAACGGUACCCAUAGUAAACAUUUUUCAUGAUACGAUUGAAAAAGUUCAAGAAACACAUCGUGAUAGUCCAAUAAAAACAUUGUCUAAUCGACAAGAUACUGAUAUAAUAGGUAAACUAUUCUCAAAUAUAUUACUUCUUUACAUGAGUUAUCUUCCGUUCAUUAAAGAAGCUUUCACAGACGAAGAAGACGAUUUAUUAGAUGAUAUUCACAAUUCGUCUAUGACAACAUGUGAAAAAGUAGCUAAUGAUAGAGAUGAACAUUCUGAUAUAUCAACACAAAAGACCUUAACAGAUAAGUCAGUAAAACGUUUAGUUGAAGUUAAUCUACUUCGAUAUGGAGAAAACUUUUGGAUCGAACCAACUCGUGCAAAAAAACAAAUAAAAAAAGAUUCUAAACGUAUACUUCGUCCAGGAUGGUUAAAAAGUUGUCCAGCUUCUAAUUCAAAUGUAUUGAAAUUCGAUUUUAUGCAAUCUCUACAAAAACAUGCAAAUGUUACUUAUGACGACUUUUUAAAAUCAUUUUAUCCUCAUCAAAAAGAGAAUAUUUUUACAAACAACAAUUGGACCUUGUCAGAUGAACUUAUUGAAAUAUUUCAAUCAAAUAUAUUUUAUAAAGAACAUGUAAGAUACAAUAUUCAACGAUUUCGACCAAGUGAUGUUAUGACUAAUGAGUUAUAUGCAGAAAAUCAACUACAAACAUCAAUGAAAACGACUUAA